AUGCCAACAAAGUCGACGUCGAAAAAUCUUGUGGAUGUUCGUCAGAUAGCACCCGCUACAAUCAACACUGAGAUUCUGGUCAUGCUAACAUCGAUACAGAUUGUGUUAAGUGAUAUGUCAGCACCAUGGGAACAAACUUCUGGAUUUAGUUCCAAGACUUUGAGUAACCCUUAUGACAGGCUCAUGAAUACGAGUGGAAUUGCGUCUCGAGAUCAUGCUGGCAGCAUGGACCUUUGCGAAGCUGCGCUGCAGUUCGCCAGCGACACACUCAAACCUGGCGGUCAUCUUGUAUGCAAAUUCUAUAUGGGAGCAAGGGAUAAAGAACUGGAGAAACAACUCAGGCUACUUUUCGCAGAGGUGCACAGAGAGAAGCCAGAAUCUUCAAGAUCAGAAAGCAGAGAGGCGUUCUUCGUCGCACUACGAAGGAAAUCUAAUGCAACUGUUAGCAUAGAUGAUCACAAUUAA